CCGUCAGUUCUUCACUUUUCUCUCAGCCAUCAAAGCGGCUCAACUCAGCGAAGUUGGCUACUCCAGCGCCGCCAAACACAACAAACGCCGCAAGAUGUCGAGCGACAUGUACUCAGAGUCUCGCCGGGUCUGCCCUUCGACCCACGGCAACAAGUUUGACACGGCGAACCGCAAGCGCGCGGUGGCGAACAUCUUCGAGAACGUCAACCAGGACGCGCUCAUGAGACUUUUCCAGAAAACCGGUGACAUGAAAGCCGAGGAGAGAGUCAGGAGCAUCUUCUCAUUCUCGCAUGACCCCGAGGAGACGGCCAGAGCUCUGAUGGCUCUCAAACAGAGGAAGAAGGACAAGUUCCUGCGCAUCGCGGGGAUGGUGCGAAACUUUCUGAAGCUGCGCUGAGCGCCUGCACGCGAUGACCCGCGUCUGCGCGGUCGCUUCAUUUCAGACCGCCGGUGACCUGGCUGGCGAUGAAACACAGGUCCAAAGUGGACGACAAGGGACCACUCGGAGAUGAAGGAAAGCCUCGCUAAUGACACGAGCCUUUUGACACAAGACAUGAAGGACUGGACGCACAAGUAUGCGAAGAUGUGGAGGCGCCCGCUCGGUGUGAAGGAACCCGCGGAGCGCGCGCGGAACCCCCGAGCAUCAUGAUAUGAUCUCGUCUCGUCAACUCUAUGCAUUUAAAAAAUGGACUUUAUCAAGUACUGUUGCACCUUAUAGGUGUAUUUGUUGGUGCACAAGAACUGUGACUGGAAACUGAUGUUAUGUUGCCUGAAAAAAUGCCUAUAAACAUUAUGCCUUGUCCCUAUGCCAGUUUGAUAUUGUGAUAUGUCUUUUAAUACUCAGUGGCCACAUAUUUAUUUGUCACAAUAUUAUAACACCAGCUAAUGCAUUUUUUCACAAUGUUCUUUUUCAUUAUUUGUAUAAUAAAUUAUUGUCAAAACGUUUGAA